GAGUCACGAGACAUUAGCCAACCCUGUACUUUUGCUACAGUUUGAGGAAAGGGUGUAUAUAUUUCCUGUUUCUCAGUUUUGUACAGCUCUCUACAUGACUUUACUGAUUACAUUGAAGUGAGUGAGACUUGAACUUGUUUUGGGGGAGCUCUCAUGACGUCAGUCGAUCUCUUGGACAUUCUGGAAGAGUUGAGAGGAAAGGAGUUUGAUGACUUUAAGUGGUUCCUGCAGCAGGACAGCUGCCGGGAAGGCCUCCCAUCAAUCAAAGCAUGUCAGCUGGAAAAAGCAGAAAGGCGGGACACCGUGAGUCUGAUGGUACAGAUCUACAGACUUCCAGGAGCUGUGGAGGUGACCAGAAAGGUUCUAGAAAGGAUCAGCAGGAAUGACCUGUUGCAGCGCUUGUCUUCUCUCUCUCACACCCAGGCUCCCCUUCUUCACCCUGAAGGUAAAAUUGGAGUUUUGGAUGUGAUGGUUCCAGUACCAGAGCCUCGCCUCAUCAAGUCUUUCCAGCAGAUGCUUCAAUCAAACUUUCAGGACAAGUUUAUGUGUGCACAAGAAGGUUGGGCAGAAGAUAAACAGCGUCUGGUUGAUAUCUACACAGAGCUGUACAUCACAGCUGGGUAUGAUGUACAUAUCAACACACAGCAUGAGGUCCGGCAGAUUGAGAAAGUAUGGAAGCCAGCAGAACCAGAGAAACCUAUUAGACCCACAGACAUGUUCAAACAUCCUUCAGGAGACUACAGACCCAUCAAAACAGUGAUGACCAAUGGAAUCGCAGGAAUUGGAAAAACUUUCCUUGUUCACAAGUUUGUUUUGGACUGGGCUGAACAAAGAUCCAAUCAAGAUGUGCAUCUGAUUUUCCCCUUCACCUUCCGUCAGCUGAAUCCACUGAAGGGAGAAAAGUUCAGUUUGGCAGAGCUCAUUCAUGAAUGCAUCCCAGAAACUGUAGGCAUCCCACAGGACGCUCUGAAUUACAUCUUUACAGAUGUUCAGUCAUCAGGAAUCACCAACUAUGACAAGAGUAAAUUCAAACUUCUGUUUGUGUUUGAUGGGCUGGAUGAGAGCCGCCUUCAUCUCGACCUUCAUUCUGAAGACAUUCGCUCUGUCGAUGUAACAAAGGCAACUAAAACAGAUGUCUUGCUGAGGAAACUCAUCAAUGGGAAACUGCUACGCUCUGCUCGCAUUUGGAUAACCACACGACCCGCAGCAGCCAAUCAGAUCCCUCGAGAGUUUAUCAGCAGUACAACUGAGGUCAGAGGGUUCACUGACCCACAGAAAGAGGAGUACUUCAGGAAGAGAUUCAAAGGUAAGGAGCAAGCUGACAAACUCAUCUCCCAUAUCUUGACAUCACGAAGCCUCCACAUCAUGUGCCACAUCCCAGUCUUCUGCUGGAUCACUGCAACAGUUCUGGAAGAUGUGUUGAAAACCAGAGAGGGAGGAGAGCUGCCCAAGACUCUGACUGAGAUGUAUGCAGAAUUCCUGGUGUUUCAGAUUGAUCGGACAAAGGAAAAGUAUGGCCCAGAGAAGAGCAUUCAAUACAUUAAGUCAUUAGCAAAACUGGCCUUUGAGCAACUGGAAAAGGGCAACCUGAUCUUCUAUGAGAAGGAUCUGAGAGAGAGCGGCAUUGAUUUCAGUGAAGCCUCGGUGUGCUCAGGAGUGUUCACAGAGAUCUUCAAAGAAGAUCGAGGAAGGAAAGGGAAAGACAAGAUGUUUAGCUUCGUCCAUCUGAGUGUUCAGGAGUUUCUGGCUGCUCUUUAUGUGAGGAUGUCGCUUAUAAAUAGCAACAAAAAUGUGAUGCUUUCACCACCACUGUCUCUGAAAAACCUUCGACUGCUUUUCAGUAAAAUAUCUUCAAAGAAGAUCAACAAAAUUUCCAUUGACAGGGCCUUACAGAGUUCAAAUGGACACCUGGACUUGUUUCUUCGCUUCCUUCUGGGUCUUUCUCUGCAGACCAAUCAGGAUAAACUACAGAGCCUACUGAAAAAAACAGACUGUCGGUCGAAAACCAACCAGAAAACAAUCCAGUAUAUCAAGGAGAAGCUCGGUGAGAAUCUGUCUCCAGAGAGAAGCAUCAAUCUUCUCCACUGUCUGAAUGAACUAAAUGAUCGUUCUCUAAUAGAGGAGACCCAACAGUAUCUAAGUUCAGGAAGCCUUUCCACAUAUGAACUUUCCCCAGCUCAGUGGUCAGCUUUGGUCUUCAUUUUACUGUCAUCAGAAGAACAUCUGCAUGUUUUUGACCUGAAGAAGUACUCUGCUUCAGCUUCAGAGGAAGCUUUUUUGAGGCUUUUGCCAGUGGUCAAAGCCUCCACCAAAACUCUAUUGAGUGGCUGUAAUCUGUCAGAGAGAAGCUGUGAAGCUUUGUCUUCAGUUCUCGGUUCCCAGUCCUCCAAUCUGAGAGAACUGGACUUGAGUAACAACAACUUGCAGGGAUUGGGUCUGAAGUUGCUCUCUGCAAUACUGGAGACUCCUCACUGUACACUACAGAGCCUCAGGUUGAAUCAAACCAACCUCACAGCAAAAUGCUGCCAGGAUUUCUCACUACUUCUCAACUCCCAGUUCUCCAGUCUGAGAGACCUGGACCUGAGUAACAAUGACCUGCAGGAUUCAGGAGUGAAGCUACUCUCUGCUGGAAUGGAGCAUCAUCGCUGUACCCUACAGACGCUCAGGUUGAAUCAAACUGGCCUUACAGAGAAAUGCUGCUACCAAUUGUCAUUAGUACUCAGCUCCCAGGUGUUAAGUCUGAGAAAGCUGGACCUGAGUAACAACGAUCUGCAUGAUUUAGGCACGAGGCUACUCUCUGGUGGACUGAAGGAUUCUGACUGUGCACUAGAGACUCUCAAAGACCAGUGUUUACACACAAGACUAAAUUAUGGUACUGAGCAUAUCAGUGAUACUACAUGGAACAGCACUUGUUAUCCUUGAUGAGCUACAGAGGAGACAACUGGGCUGAGAGAUGAAUUCUCUCCAGAGCUGGUGAUGAGAGAGAUGAGGAAAUAUAAGCUGACCAUUCCACUGUCAUCAUGUGAUGUCCUUGGACAAUAUGAAGGAUGAGCUCAGAGCACUUAUUAAGACCCAGAAAAUACUGAAUGUUAAGUAUGAUGGGUUUCACCGAACAGACAUUUGAAGAGGUAUAUAAGAAGGAUGGAAGCCAGGAGAAUAAACCAACUGUUCUCCACUGAGGUGUAGUGUCAAUGGCAGGAAAAAAAUUUGAGAGGAGCCCCACCAAAGUUGUAGACUGAGCAAUACUAGAAGACCAUAUGGGAGAAGACUCAACUUAUAACAACAAUGUUCAAUGGCUAGUGGAUCUAAGAGCAGACCAUAUCAAUCUCCCUGAACAGGAUCCAGUAACCAUCACAGUGGGAGACAUCCAAGAAAGAGUCUCAAGUAUGAAGAGAUGGACAGUACCAGCUCUUGACAUGAUUCACACCUACUGGCUAAAGACGCUAACUGCAUUCCACAUGUGUCUAGCAGCACAAAUAUACCUGCUGCUAAUGGAUGAGACACACCCAGAAUGGCUAACUGAUAGCCCCAAUCCCCAAGGAUUCUCAGAAUGGAAAAGUCCCAUCCUGCCUCAGUUCCUGUACUGGAAUUAUACAAGAUCAACAGGAACCUUAGGGCACCUUCAAGCCAAUUACACAAGUCACCAUAAAGUGAGAGAUUUACCAAAGAGAUGCUUUGUCCUUACUGCUGUUAUGCAUAGGCCUGAACCCUGUCAGCCAGAUCAUUGACAAGAGAGGCUACGGAUACCGACUACAGAAUGGAGCAAUUGUUAGCCACCUCCUCUUUUUGGAUGACAUCAAGCUGAAUGCCAGGAGUGGAGAAGACAUGGACUGAUUCAUACCACUAGGAUGUAGAGCAGCGACAUCAGAAUGUCAUUCAGAUUAGAGAAGUGUCGUCGGAUAGUAACAAAGAGAGGGAAGGUAGUCAGAAGUGAAGAGAUUACAUUACCAGAAGGUGGCAUUGCAGAUAUCAAGGACAGCUACAAGUACCUGGGGAUCCCACAGGCAAAUUGGAACCAUGAAGAGGCUGCUAGGAAAGCUGCAACCACCAAGUACCUGCAGAGGGUCAGGCAGGUCCUGAGGAGUCAGGUGAACGGUAAGAACAAGAUCCGGGCUAUCAAUACCCACACCCUGCCUGUGAUCAGGUACCUUUCUGGGAUAAUAAGCAAGCCAGAGGAGGAGAUAGAAGCCACUGCCAUCAAGACAUGAAAGCUCUUUACCAUGCAUGGAGGGUUUUACUCCAAAUCCAGCACCCAGAGGCUGUAUGCCGAAGGGAGGAAAGGAGGCCAGGGACAGGUGAGUGUCAGUACCACAGUCCUGUUAGUCCUGUUUUCACAUGAGCCAAUAUGUGAAAACAGGUGUUGGUCACAAUCAGCCAAGGUUUCAGAUGUGCUUAUUGUGAGACCUAGCCCCCCCUAUCAUGUGACUUACUGAGGGCAGAAUGCCCAGGAUGUGAGUGGACGUUAAGGCGUCUGGGAAGGAUCUCAAACUGGAUUAUAGAUGGCAGACAGUUGGUGUCAUAAGC